AAUUUAAAUAACUAUUACGAUCGAACGCUGAAACUCUGCAUUGGCAUAUCGCAGCUUCUUCCCAAAACCCUAAACCCUAAUUCAACCUCAAUCUCUUUCCAUGGCAACUUUCACACUGAAAACCGCAACUAACGUGUUUCACAGAAACCACAACAACCUCACAUUCUUCUCCAAUAACGCGAAUCCGAAGAGAAAUUUCUCCAUUUCUCAGAAAAAGAGUUCGCGUUUGGUUCCUAAAAUCUCAAUGUCAGCCACAAAUGUUCAGACUUUUCUCGAAAAUUCUGUUCCUUCCACUCAGAACACCGCACUUCCAAUAAUGGUUAAUUCGUGUACUGGAAGAAUGGGGAAAGCUGUCAUUAAUGCAGCAGAAGCUGCUGGACUGAAUGUUGUGCCGGUGUCGUUUGGGGUUGAAGAGGAAUCGGGAAAGACUUUCGAGGUCGGUGGAAGGGAGUUUCUUGUGAACGGUCCUUCUGAUAGAGAGGGUUUUCUUCAAUCUGUUGUCGAUAAAUAUCCGAAUUUGAUUAUUGUGGACUAUACUGUACCAAAUGCAGUCAAUGGCAAUGCUGAGUUAUACAGUAAGGUUGGAGUACCAUUUGUGAUGGGAACCACCGGUGGAGAUAGGGAUUUGUUGCAUAAGACAGUUGAAGAUGCAAAGAAUUAUGCUGUCAUAUCCCCACAAAUGGGAAAGCAGGUUGUUGCUUUUCUUGCAGCUAUGGAAAUUAUGGCAGAGCAAUUUCCUGGAGCCUUUUCUGGGUAUUCCUUACAGGUAUUAGAGUCUCAUCAAGCAAACAAAGUUGACGUGUCUGGAACUGCCAAGGCUGUGAUAUCUUGCUUCAAUAAGUUGGGGGUCUCUUUCGAUAUGGAUCAGAUACAAUUGAUCAGGGACCCUAAGCAUCAAGUUGAAAUGGUGGGGGUUCCAGAGGAGUAUUUGUCGGGUCAUGCCUUUCAUAUGUAUCAUUUGACAUCACCAGACGAAACAGUUUCGUUUGAAUUUCAACAUAAUGUUUGUGGUAGAUCAAUAUACGCCGAGGGCACUGUUGAUGCUGUACUAUUUCUUGCUAAGAAGAUUGAAGCAAAGGAUUCCAAGAGAAUCUACAAUAUGAUUGAUGUCUUGCGAGAGGGUAAUAUGCGAUAAAAAGUUCUAUGCAGUAUGAUGCAAGAUGAGGAAAUUUGGGAUUCUAAUAAGGCAAUUUUCAUCUUGUGUCCAAUUUUCGUGUCGAUUUAUUUGAGGAAAGCUUAGUUUGUACUAUUGUGAAUCGUCAAUCAAAAACUGAGUAUUUUUGUAUCAAUUUCAGUUUCUAGAUCCUUUUAUUAAUGAA